AUGAUUUCGAGAUCAGGUGGCCACAGUGACGAAGGUGACAUUUCCAGAACAGUUGUGGGUCUUGCCGUUCCCGAAGCACCCAAAAGCACACCAAUCAUCACUGUUGCUUCGGGCACUGUUCCCAUCGGCAGGGCAUUGCAAGCAGUGGUAUGUCGAGCUGUUGGGUCAAAGCUGCGAGAAAUCCGCUUUGAGCUGUGCUUUGAGAAGGAUCCCUCUUCCUUGUGCAUCUCAUCCUCUAGUCUAACCCCACAUACUGCCUCCAUACAACGUUUCAGGAAGCCUAGGCAUUCCAUGCUAGAACCACGCCUUUAG